GCCAUUCGGUCCCGCGCGCUGUCUCGGCCAAGAUGGCGGCGGGGACGGCAUCGGCGGCCGUGGCCCGGUUAGAGGGCCGCGAGUUCGAAUACCUCAUGAAAAAGCGCUCAGUAACCAUCGGCCGCAACUCCUCGCAGGGCUCGGUGGACGUAAGCAUGGGCCACUCCAGUUUCAUCUCCCGGCGGCACCUGGAGAUUUUCACUGCCCCGCCCGCUCAGGCCCAGGCCCCUGCCAACAGCGGUAGCGGCCCCGCCUCAACCCUCACCGGCGACGGGACCGGGACUCAGUCGUCGCCUGUUGCCGCCAGUCCUUCGUCUGGCAGUGGUGAUUUCUACCUGCGUUGCCUGGGCAAGAACGGCGUCUUCGUGGACGGAGUGUUCCAGCGCCGGGGGGCGCCACCGUUGCAGCUGCCCCGCGUGUGUACAUUCAGGUUUCCCAGCACAAACAUCAAGAUAACAUUUACAGCUUUAUCCAAUGAAAAGAGAGAAAAACAGGAGUCCCCGCAGUCCCCAGUGAAACCAGUACAACCCCAGAUUUCUCCCCUAACAAUAAACAUUCCAGACAACAUGGCUCACUUAAUCAGCCCUCUUCCUUCUCCCACAGGAACCAUCAGUGCUGCAAAUUCCUGCCCAUCUAGUCCUCGUGGUGCAGGUUCUUCAGGGUACAAAAUGGGUCGUGUAAUACCAUCUGACUUACAUCUUAUGGCUGAUAAUUCACAGUCAGAAAAUGAUAAAGAAGCAUCUGGUGGAGAUAGCCCAAAGGAUGAUUCAAAGCCACCUUAUUCCUAUGCACAACUAAUUGUACAAGCAAUUACAAUGGCUCCUGAUAAGCAACUUACACUAAAUGGAAUUUAUACGCACAUAACUAAAAAUUACCCUUACUACAGGACAGCAGACAAGGGCUGGCAGAAUUCAAUACGUCACAAUCUCUCUCUGAAUCGUUAUUUCAUCAAAGUACCACGUUCCCAGGAAGAACCAGGCAAGGGUUCCUUCUGGAGGAUAGAUCCUGCCUCUGAAAGCAAAUUAAUAGAACAGGCUUUUAGAAAAAGGCGGCCAAGGGGAGUACCUUGCUUUAGAACCCCACUGGGACCUCUUUCUUCUAGAAGUGCCCCAGCUUCUCCUAACCAUUCUGGAGUAUUAUCUGCUCAUUCGAGUGGUGUGCAAACCCCAGAAAGCCUAUCGAGGGAAGGAUCGCCUGUCCCAAUGGAGCCUGAACCAAGCAGUAUCCAACCAAAACUAGCAGUAAUACAAGAAGCACGAUUUGCACAGAGUGCCCCAGGAUCUCCCCUAUCUAGCCAACCUGUUUUAAUUACUGUACAGAGGCAGCUGCCACAAACUAUGAAACCUGUCACAUACACUGUUGCUACUCCUGUGACAACGUCAACGUCCCAGCAGCCUGUAGUACAGACAGUUCAUGUUGUUCAUCAAAUCCCAGCUGUAUCUGUCACAAAUGUGACUGGAUUAGCACCAGCAAAUACUUAUACUGUAGCUGGGCAAGCAGUGGUUACACAAGCUGCAGUGAUGGCCCAGCCUAAAGGAGAACCUCAAGAGAAUGGAGAUCACAAUGAAAUGAAAGUUAAAGUGGAACCUGUACCCACAGUUAGCCAUACAACUCUAGGAGCUGCCAGCCGCAUCAUUCAGACAUCUCAGACUACACCGUUACAAACGGUUACUCUAGUACAACAAGCACCUCUAGGUCAACACCAGCUACCAAUAAAAACUGUAACGCAAAAUGGAACACAUAUAGUACCUAUCACCACAGCAAUGCAGAGUCAGGCUAACACUGCUGCUGCAAGUCCAUUACACAUGUUAGCAACUCAUGCAUCUGCAUCCGCCUCUCUUCCAACGAAACGUCAGAAUGGAGAUCAGUCUGAACAGCAAGACUUAAAACGGAUCAAAACAGAGGAUGGGGAAAACAUAGUUAUAGCUGUGAAUGUUGAAACCCCACCUGUGGCAGUGAGUGAACAAAGCAACAAGAACUAGGAAUGUGGAGGAAUAGUCUUUUAAAAACAAUGGUCCUUGGUGCCAAAAUGAGACCUUUAAACAUCUAAACUCUUGAACAUGUUCUCUCAUGGCGGGGAAAGGGGCCCUGUGACUUCAUCUUUCAGCACUGAGAAACACAGGUGGCCUUAGAACUCCUUAAUUUAAAAAAAACAAAAACAUGUCUAAAACAUCCUAGUCCGGAGGCUGUGACCCCUCCCCCUUCCAUUUCUCCUUCCUGUUCCGAAGAGACUCUUUAUACGUACAUAUACAUUGAGAGGAAAAAGUUGGGGAAGAUAGCAACUUUAAAAACCUAUUUUAAAGAUUGAAUAUUGGAAUAUAUCCCAGCAUGAUAAGUUCUCCGCGUGAUUGGAUUUCAGACGAUUGUAUAUUCCUCAAAGGGAACAGAGGCAAGGAGCCAUUUCCAACAUCUUGGCAGCUAGCCUUUCAUAAUGACCUACCCAAUGCAGUUGUUGGUAGAUAUGCAGUAUUUUGUUGUUCACAUGUGGAAUUAGAAAUUUUUGAUGUGUACUUUCAUUUUUUUUUUUCAAAAUAAUGGGGUCUUUGACAUUUCAGAUCACUCCAUUUUUACUCCAGAAACUUUGGAAUCACAUACUACUUUUCAUGUGAAAUUUUGUUUGGUAAAACCGAAUGUAGGGUUUUUUAACCAAUGGAAUGAUUUAAUUUUUUCCUGUUAAAGUUCAGAUAAAGCUAAUUUGUUACAUCUGCAAAUUUUCAUAUUUUAGCAGUUGCCUGAUAAACUUAAUCAAAUUUUAUUACCUUGUGUAGUGAUCAAAUGCUUCUUUGGGCUUGCAUGUUACUGAUUAGAAAUACAGUGUAAAUGAACUGUUAACUGACGUAAAGAACUGCUAUGAAUUUGACCAGAGCUGCACUUAUCUGUUUCUCUUUCUUGCUACCUUUUGCUGUUUGUUACUUUGUGUUGACUUUGUCCCUGGCAAAUUUUUCCAGUCUAAAGUAAAAAGUCUAAUAAUAUUGUGUAUGUUUAAAAUGACAGACUGUUCUUCAUUGGAAAAACAAAGCCUUUAUCACAUGUCCUUUUAAAAAGAUAAAAAUAUCUUGUCAGAGAUAUAUUGAAUAUUUUUAAGCUAAGCAUCCACCAAUAGAAAUAUAACUUAAUGAGUUUAACUUUUGAUGUCCUAUGGAGACCUUCUGGGGUCUUCAUUAAAGAGUGGCCACUGUGGUUUUCUAACAGUGGCUACUAUAGUAUAAUGAAAUAGUUUUCUUUUUAAGAAAGAAAGUGUUUGGCAGUUGGAAUAUUUUAAAGGUUUCUUCUCUGAGUUGUGAAAGAAGAAUUCAUGUUUUAUUACUGAACUAAACUAACAGCUGAGAGUUGUUUUGUCCAAUUCACAUAGUUUCUUGUCCCUUUCACAUAUUUAAGAUGAAUUGAAGGUGAAGACCUGGCUUUAACCUUUGAUUUGUCUUGCUCUUUUUUUCUUUUGGGCUAUAAUUUAUAUGUUUUUAUCAUUUCAAGAAGAAUCUGUAUUUUGAUGAUGGACUGAAAUGGCUUGGAAUGGCUUACAAUUUAGUCAGUUUUUGGAAAUGUUUUAUCAGAAGACCAAAUAUGAGAAAUCUGUACCAAGUAUCAUGUUAUCUCACACGGUAGAGCUGCUGUUACACUGUCAAUGAAGAUAAUACGUAUUAAACAGAUUAUGAAAAAUUGAUGUACACUAGCUGGUUUUAUAACAGCCAAUAUAGGCUGGGUGAAGCAAAACAUUUUCUGUAUCUGCAGCAUUCUACUUUUUGUGCUGUGGUCAUCUAAUUCAGAAGUAAUGAUAUUGCAUUAUUAAUAAAACAUUUGGUUAUAAAAUUACUAUUUCAUGAAUAAUUAGGAAAAAUGACGCAAGUUUUUGAAUAAAAAAAUCUGGUAAAAUGUUUAAGACAAUCAAAUGGUUUAGACUUGGAAGUUCUCUUAUAUCACUGUAGUCUUUGUAAUUUAUGAACUAGGUAGAGAAGUCAAAACAACAGAAUUUAAUUUGAAGACUCUGUUAAAUCUAUUGCUCUUACCUGUUAAUAACCUUUCUUUUUCUACUUUUGUGACUAUUUUAAACUGAGUAAGAUGUUUCAGAAAUUGUUGCUUUUUCCUGUUAUUUCACUCUUAGAAAUAUUUGAAUACUGAAGAGUAUAAGGCAGAUUUACCAUCUCCUCUGGUGUCAUAGCUCUUCUGCUAUGACAACAGACACUCCCCCCCCCCCCCCCCAAGCUGUCCAAAUCUGUUCCAGAAGUUUAGGAAAACCUGUGUUUCAGAUUUUGAGGGAACAUUGGGAGAUAUGUGAUAAUAAUUUUCAUUCAGGGCAGAAGUCAAGCAGUGGACAUGAACAUGAUGCUAUGAUUUCCAAAUUACUUUUGUGAUGGAUGUUUGAGAUACUUGUCUUAGCUUUAUUUAAAUAUAAUUCCAUCUGCCUAGCAGACAGGGGGGAAAAACAGCCAUACUUAAAGUUGGGAACUUUUUCUGCAAAUAUUGCUCUGUUUUCUUACCAAAAUUUUAACACUCAGGUUUCUAUAACCUAAGAGUUUGUAUGAAAAUAAACACUGGAUGAAUCUUAGUUUAAUGUUACAACUGUUUCAUUCAUAUUGCAUUGUAGGAUAAAGUACACAUACAAAGCAAGAACUAAGGUGUGCAAUUACAGAAUGUAGGGUUAGUAAUAUUGCUUAUCAUCCACUAAUGAGGGAAAUUAUUGCUGAGUUUUUUUCCAGAAAGCACAAGAUUUAAAAUUAGGUAGUGGUACAGUGAAAAAGUAUACGUAAUUCUUAAAAUAAUAAUGAAGAAUAGAAAAUCUGAAAAUCAGAAUAUAGUUAUCAGUAAAUACUUACAUAGUGGGUCUGUAUAAUGAUUUGGACAUAUCUUUUGUGUAAUGGAGCAAUUUGUAAUUGCUUGUUUGUGAGUUGAGCCAGUUUCGAACUGCUGCUGCCAAAUAUUUUUGUAAGGCAACAGAGUUUGAGAGUUUUGUGGGGAUAAUGGCCUUAUUCGAGAAUGGGAAAAGAGUAAUUGGGUCAAGCAUUUUAAGAAUCAUUGUAUUAACAGCUGAUUGUACCAUGAAUUACUGAACUUGUUGCUUUGUAUUGGUUUCAAGGUAACCUAAACAACUUGAGGGUAUUGCUAAUUAAGUUCAUUUUAAAUGACACCAUUUUUAGUUGUCCCUCAGAUGCUAGGGCAUGUGGAUGUAAGGGUACUGUUUCAUAGAUGGAGAAAUCUGAUCUUUUAUUGGUAGUAUAUCAUAGCAGUAGUUUAUUCAUUGGAGUAAAUUUAGUGUCAGGAAUUCAGUGUAGCAUCAGCUAUUAGAUAUCUAGCUGAUGAUUUCAUAAAAGGCUAAGCAAUGUCAGAGCUUGUACUUGGAUGAGAAAUCUUUUUU